UUCCCUUCCUCUUCCACUCUCACCAACUCCUCUCCUGGCGCCUUCGAGCAGCGACAACAUGUCGCGAUGGAAACUCCAGCUAUGGGGUCAUGAGAAGAAGAGAAGGAACACAUCUCGGGGUGAUGCAGGCGACAACCGAGUCGUAGGCGUACCUCCCCGCAUCACAUUACAGCGAAGGGGCGCCAAUCAUCACCCAACCUGGGGCCCCGCAUGCAUACAUCCCGCCCAUUCGGUAAACUUCAUCCAAACAGGCCGCCAGAGUCGCUCAUCCCCCAGCAUCCUGAUCUGCCGAUAUGUAUGGCGUUGGAGGACGACGUCGCUACCGCUCAUCUCCAUGUCAAAAUGCCCAGGCCAAGCAUCCGCUGCGCGGUGCCCCACUGUAGUAUAUACCUGAUCAUGUUGAAUAUAGACCUUGCCCUCUCUCGCCUCUUUUCUCGUAGCAACUUGUCAUCUAGCGUGAGCAGUCAUGGACAGCAAAACGGGAGCUACCCAUAUCGAGGCCACUCACGCCCGCGAAGCUCACAUCGUCCCCAUCGAUCAGGAAGCCAACGAUGACAUCCAUCAUGUCAAUCUCUCCUGGCGGUCAUGGAUGGUCGUCUUUUGCUGUUGUUUCGCCGUCAUGUCGCAAGUCUUUGUGGUAGUAGCUGCGGGGUCAGUCUUGUCUUUCAUCAUCCGUGAGCUUGGGCAACCUGCUAUUGCGAGUUGGAUUAUACAGGGUCCUCUCCUUAUGCAAUCGGUCCUCUCUCCUCCUGUCGGUCGCUUGUCAGAUGUCCUAGAUCGCAAACUGUUCGCUACUAUACCUCCACUAAUCGCUUGUGUCGGUGCUAUCAUUUGCGCGAAAGCGACAAGUAUGUCCAUGUUGAUUGGCGGUGGCAUUCUCAUCGGAACGACGCUCGCGACCAUCUCCAUCGUUCAGUCAAUACCUUCGGAGAUUCUACCAUUGAAGUACCGACCUCUGGCAAACGGAUUGGCAGGAGUCGCGGGAGUUCUGGGCGGCACUGUCGGAAGUCUAGCAGCCGGCGCUGUUACCAAUCUCAGCGCUUCUGGCUGGCGCUACAUCUUCUGGAUUCAAGUCGGACUACAUGGCAUCACAUCCAUCGGUCUAUUCGCGUUCUACUGGCCUAAGAAACGCACCAACUACCCUAGAAUGAGCUUCAAAGAAUGGAUGUGGGCUUGCGAUCCUAUCGGCUCUCUUCUGCUCGUUGCUGCUGCUACGUUAAUGCUUUUGGCGCUCAACUGGGCAGGUGGAGCGUAUCCGUGGAGCAAUCCGCACGUUUGUGCCAAUCUCGUCGUUGGUAUCGUUCUGUUCAUUGCAUUCUGUCUCUAUGAGUGGAAGGGUCGAUCUGAUGGCAUCGUUGCCCACGUCUUCUUCUCUACAGGGCCAAAUUUCUGGCUGUCGACGUUUGCUUUCGCGAUCGAAGGUUGGAUCUACUACUCUGCCAUUAAUGCCGUUACACCACAGCUCAUUCUCAACGUCGGAUUCGAGGAUAAUUCGUGGGAUAUCGCUAUCCGCCAGUUGUCCUACAAGAUUGCGUCAAUCAUCACUUCGUUGGGUGUGACGUGGUAUGCGACAAAGUUCAAGGAUCUGAAAACGCCACUGGCUGUCACAUUCGCCAUCAUGUUCAUUGCAUCCAUAUGUUUCGCCUUCAUCAGACCUAGCUGGGGUACCGAACAAAUCAUCUUCACAGCCUUGACAGGCAUCGGCUGCUCUGGCCCACUCACACUCCUCGUCGCGUGCAUCCAAUUCACAGCACCUCACGCCUUCCUGUCAACAGCUACCGGUCUUGCCUUCUCCGCACGAGCUAUCGGUGGCGCCUUCGGUACCGCCGUCAUCUACGCCAUCGUCAACUCUCGCAUUGCUUCGCAUCUCGCCAGGGAUGUUGGAUCUGCCGCCAUCGCAGCUGGUUUACCCGAGUCAUCAGUGCCUGCACUCUUGAAAGGUAUGAAGGGCAGCUCAGUGACCAAGUUUAGAGGCGCAGGUGUGCCUGGAAUGAAUGAAGCUAUCAUCAAGGCUGCCUGGGAUGCAAGCCAUUGGUCGUAUGCGCAUGCUUAUAGACUGGGUUAUUGGAGUGUGGUGCCGUUCGUGGCGCUUGCGACAAUUGCUGUGAUUUCAAUGAAGGGAAUCAAGCACUUGAUGACUGAGCACGUCGAGGCGACUGUCGAGCAUGAGAGCGAGGAUGAAGGGAAAGGGCUUGGUAAGGCUUAGACAGAGUUUGAAUAUGUAGUACUCGAAAAAUGAAGAACGUGUUCAACAACGCCA